ACGAAAUUGCGGCUACCGGCGACUUUUUGUUGAGUUUAGCAACCAACUUACACACGACAGCCAAUCGUAACCUACAACGCUGGAUAAUGCCAACAUUUCAUUGGCUAGAGUGGGGGGCGGUCACUUUAGUCUCUCCUCUGGUUUCACCCUGAAAUAAUUCCGACUGCUUCUUCAGUGAAGGUUCAUUGCGGUGACUGUGUAGCGCUAGCUGUCUGUUAUAUUUAAACGUUUCAGCUACAAUGUCUGGCCGUGUUCUCGUCGGAGUUAAGCGUGUCAUUGACUAUGCAGUUAAGAUCCGUGUGAAGCCAGACAACACUGGCGUGGUGACAGAUGGCGUUAAGCACUCAAUGAACCCCUUCUGUGAGAUUGCUGUAGAGGAGGCGGUCAAGCUGAAGGAGAAGAAGCUUAUUAAGGAGGUUGUGGCUGUCAGCUGUGGGCCACAGCAGUCGCAGGAGACCAUCCGUACUGCCCUUGCCAUGGGGGCUGACCGUGGCAUUCAUGUGGAUGUGAGUGGGAAAGACUAUGAAAACCUGGGACCCCUUCAGGUCUCUAAGAUCCUGGCAGCUCUUGCCAAACAGGAGGAUGCUCAGCUUAUUCUCCUUGGCAAACAGGCCAUCGAUGAUGAUUGCAAUCAGACUGGCCAGAUGACAGCAGCUUUACUGGACUGGCCUCAGGGUACCUUUGCAUCAGAGGUGUCCUUGGAGGGAGACAAGAUUAAUUUGGUCAGAGAAAUCGAUGGUGGUCUGGAACAUAUUAAGAUCAACACACCAGCAGUGAUCACUGCAGACCUUCGACUCAACACCCCCAGAUAUGCCACGCUGCCUAAUAUCAUGAAAGCCAAGAAGAAGAAGAUUGUUACUGUGAAGCCUGCAGACUUGGGGGUGGACGUGACUUCACGGUUGGAGGUGUUGAAAGUGGAGGAGCCUCCACAGAGGCAGGCAGGGAUGAAGGUGGAGACAGUGGAAGACCUAGUGGUCAAACUGAAAGAGGCAGGGAGGGUAUAGAGGCUUAAGCAUAUAAGCUGGGAGUGCAGAACCUAACAGAGGACUCUCUAAUGAAUAACGAGACUGAACUACAUAAGCCCAACCACAGGACAAGCUUAUGUGUUGGUCUAAUCCCUCUGUUUGAAACUGUGGCUCCUGAGGAUAUGCAGGGAGGUACUGAUAGAAGUGGAAAAAUAUUGAGACACACUGUCCUGCAGUCAGACAAGCCCAAAAGAAUCAUCUUGUCUUGUGUAUGCAUUUGAACUUGCAGAGUAGUUCAUUUGUUUCAUUAUAUCACAAUGCUAUAAAAAGCGGUGUUUAUGCAGUAAUUUAAAACCCAGAAUCUUCCCAUCACUCAUGUUGCUGUUUGUAUUGAACUGUACCCAAACUUCACCAGUUUGAUGCAUUUCAGCUGCUUCAUCCUCAUCUGUUAAUUCUUGUAUAUCUGUAGUCAGACAUGUUAAGAGGUGCAAUUUUUGUAAAUGACGUAUGUAAAUACAGAACCACCCAACAUGUUGAUUUGAAGAUGUCUGCUAGCAUUAAUAUCUUGACUACUGUGACUGAGUUCAAGGAUUGACUAGACGGUGUCUCUCAGUAUGAGCAGGGGAAUGUGAUUCUAAAUUGGAAUUUUACCGUAAGCGCCUAAGUUCUUUUUUGAUUGUACAGAACAUCACAAUAACAAUAAAGCAGCCAGUCUUUUUCAUAUCUACA